AUGGCUGACGAUUCACAGGUUCUGGCUGAUCGCCAGCGGAUUUUCAAGCAGUUCGACUCCAAUGGUGAUGGUCGAAUCUCAGCAACAGAGUUGGGGGAUCGCUUGAAGCAACUGGGGGCAGUCUCAGAAGUUGAAGUUGAAAAUAUGAUGGCAGAAAUUGACACUGAUGGUGAUGGAUAUAUAUCCUUCCAGGAAUUCAGAGUUUUUGCUAUUGCCAACAGCGGCCUCAUAAAGGAUGUUGCCAAAGAUACAUACCUUAAAAGUUCAAUUUCUAAUCUUUCUGGUAUAUAA